ACCAGCCUUCCCUAGUUUAGUGCUAAUUAAUUAAGCAGGCUUGUCCACACCUUUUGACAUUUCCUUUAUUGUAAUAAGCAAAAGUUACUUAGCGUUUUCCAAUAAAAACCGAAAAUACUUCAACUUUAGCAAUGAGCAUUCCAGCUGGCGAUGUGGAGCGUGGCAAGAAGCUGUUCAUGCAACGCUGCGCCAUGUGCCACACCAUCGAGGCUGGUGGCAAGCACAAAAUGGGACCCAAUCUGCAUGGUUUAAUCGGUCGCCAAACGGGCAAGGCGCCAGGAUUUCCAUACACUGAGGCCAAUAAAGCCAAAGGCAUCAUUUGGAACGAGGACACGUUGUUUGAGUAUCUGGAGAAUCCCAAGCGUUAUAUACCCGGCACCAAGAUGAUCUUUGCGGGACUGAAGCAGCCCGGCAUAAGGAGUGAUAUAAUUGCAUUUUUAAAGACGGCAAGCAAAUGAAUACAACGAUUAAUUAAUGCUAAAAAGAUGUGUAAUAAUGUGAGUUUAGUUGGGAGAUAAUUCAGUUUAUAAUUUGAUGGGAAAUGAACAUGAAAUUAAGAUGUC